UGUGCGCAACAAUGUAUUUCCACCCCUGGCACAAAAACAAGCAACCGAUGCCAAAAUAAAAGCAUAACAAUUUAAGAACCGAAAAUCGCCAGAAAAUGAGCGCGUACUACCGGCGAGCGGCGCUGCGCAAGAAAAGCCCCAGUCGGGUAUCCUCCGAGGCGGAGAUGAACGAGUCCGGAUACACAUCCUUUCGGGCGCCGCACAAUUCCACUGCGGAGACGCCAUUUUUGUUGGAAGACACUGAAAGCGAGAACUGUCGCAAUGCGUCGAACACCUCAAUGUUGAUUCGGGGGCUCUCCACGCCCAGUGGCCAUCACGAGCCGGACCUGCACUGGGGCAAGCCAUAUCCGAGGUCCCAGCCGCAGAGCCAGGGAUCCGUGAAGGAGGAUCCCUUUUCCCUGACGCCUCGCCUGGAGGAGGCGUACAGCCUGCCAAAGCGCCGCAAGAAGCACUUUCAGCCACCGCACAGUAGCCCCAAGAAGUCCAAGAAGCUGCUCUUUCCGCAGCUGGAUCAACCGCCGGCCAAGAACCGCUUCUACGGCGGCGUGGAGCAGCUGGACAUCGUGGCCAAGCUGGCACAGAAGCAACCGGCCCUGGAGUGCAUACUGCGCCACGUUGACGCUCACACGCUGGACGUGAUGACCCAAGUAUCGCUGGCCUGGAAGCAGGCCGUCUGCCGGAGCCAGCGUGACUUGGAGCGCCUCCAAAACCACCGGCUCAAGCUGAGCCUAACCAAAGAGAAUCCCUACGUGCCUAAGCGGCGCAGCCAUGUGCCCAAGGCAAACCAAACAGUGCCAUUGCAGACUUCUAACCACAGCAACCAAGAUAACAGUCCCGCCUCGCUAAUGGACUCUGGGAACUCGAGCGUCCACCUGAUGGAGGUGGAUGCCGGAAGGGUUCUGCGCGAGCAAACGCAGCGCGUCAAGUGCCCACGAUGCGGCCGUGGCAGUCGCGUCUUCAUCAGCGAGAUGGCCAAGAGUGGCGACAUUCCUCUGUCCCAAACGCUUCCUAUUGGACGCCACAACAGCACAUUCCUCAGCGCCACUGGGCCGCCCUUAAAGCGCUUCUUGUCCCUGGACCUCGACGAUAUCAGAACCCCACCGCAAGCAGCCGCAUACAACUUUGCCGAAUGCACCAGUGUCAUCUGCCAGUUCCGGUUCUGCAUCAACUGCCUGUGCAAGUCGCAUCCCGGCGAGCGGUGCCUGGUCACCGAACUGGACACGCCCUCCAAACUGAUGAUGCCCCGGGAGCGACUCACGCCGCCACAACGUGCCCAGAACCGCGAUCCCAAGAUCAGAAGGAAGAACUCGCUCAAGCGGCUUUGCUUUUAGUUUUAGCAUAGACCUUUAUGUAUUAGUAGUAUUCGAUUUGUUCAAAUCUCAUUAAUUCCGUAUUAUGUUCACUGCAUUAAGUUCCAUUUUGUCAUCAUCAUACAUUCUCAUAUUUGUUUUUAAAUCGUACACUGUAAGGUUUUUUGGAAAUCUAUACCUCUGCGAGAUUAAGUAUUUUUAAACAUAUGCGAAAUAUUCACAUUUUUACAAUUAGAGCUUUAAAAAUUCAAGAA